GUCAAAGAUGACAGAGUUUUAGAGACCUGAUUUGAGAUUUAUCUCUGUAAAUGCUUGCCUAAAAUCAUAGCAUCCUUUUUUUAAUGUGUUUAUUUCCAUGAUUAUGGAAUUAAAAUGUUUCAUUGAUCUGAUUUUAAUAUUGUCUUUCUUUUUCUCAAGUAUGGUGGAAAAAUGGACCCUAAAUUUAGGAAGAGAGUGGAUGGCAGCACUAACUUGGUUGACUCACAAGCUGCAAUGGAAGUCAAGAAGGAGAGGAGGCCAUGGUUUAGAGCUUCAUCCCCAGAAAAGAUGAUGGAGUCUGCAGAGAAGUCUGUCCUCCGUGUUGGUGGAGACAAAAGCAACCCCAUCCAUGUUCUCAGCCAGUGUGAACUACAGUUUGGGAUUUUCCGUGGACAGACAUUCAAGUGGGUUGCCGAAAAUGCCCUGGGCUAUGCAGGUUAUCUGGUUGCAUCCAUGUCAAGGGAAGACUUUGAGAAGAAGGAUUCCAGAAAUCAUUCAGAAAACAAAAAGGCUUUCCGGAAAUACAUUGAACAUUUUCCUGAAGGUCGCUUUGCCAUUCGAGUUAAAUCAGCCAGCCUUACAGAAUCUUCUGGUACUGCUAGCUUGCUAACAAGUGAUCAGCCAGCAUCCACAUCUUCCACCUCCAGCGCUGCAUCUACCAGGACUCUGUCCUCCCACCCUGCAUCUCUCAGUACACCAUCCACCAGCACCUCAGCCAGCAGCACAGUGUCACAAGGCACAUCUUCUGGGAGCGGCCUUUCAAGAGCUCAGAGCUCAUCCUUGCUUUCACUGUUGAACAGGAAAACAUGUACACCACGGACCUUGCAGACCACAGUGAAGAAUCUGAUUUCUCCCAAAAAGAUUCCUACUAUUGUUCCAGAUGUGACCUGUGCUGUGUCAAGUGAUGUGCCCGACGGUGAGAUGGUUGCUGCAGCAGAACAGAUGGAGUCAGAAAUGACACAGAGGAAAGUCUGUCUUCCUGCCAAAUGGAUUCCAGCGCUGCCUGUGGAAGAUCAGCAGUGGAUUUCAAAAGCACUCUUCAAGUGGUCCAGGAAUGGACAACCAGAGCUCAACCUCCUGAAGCUGGAUAAACUGUGGUGGCACCCUCCUGACCCACCACUUGUUCCCCACGGCCUGCCAGCAACAGAGAGGUACUUUGGCCACUCCCUGUUUCUUUGGAUGCCCAGAAAACUUUGGCGGGUGAGACUGGUUUGUCCACAUCCUGAUUGUGGCAAAGAAGAGCUGACCUCUGCAGGACUGCAUCAAAGAGUUCGGCAAGUUGUCAGCAUGACCACAUCAUAUUUUAUUGCUGCAGAGUACCUGGCAUGCAAGGGCUGCAAACGGAAAGUCAUCAGCUGGAGCAAAGACAUUGUGUCUCAGCUAGAUGUAGGACAUCAGAUCCAGUUUCCCUGUCUUCUCACAUCCAAACUUGGAUGUGACAUGGGAGUGGUCCGCCAGAUGAGACAGAGGGGCCUUGGAAACAGCAGCAGCCAACUUCAAAAACAGCUGGAGGAGCAGCAUGCAGAGACAUGGCUUCAGAAGUCCAUUCUUUUCAUGUCUCACCAGAGAGGCUUUGCCAGAGCUGCAUCCACAGGUUUGGUUGAGCCUCUGAAUUUCGGAGAACUGCCAACGCUGUUGACUGUUCCGAAACACCGCUGGCUGAUGCAAGUCUACGCGCAGGAUGUGCUGAGCAGGUUAGACGAAAUCAAGGCUUCCAUCACGUCAACCUUUGGGCGUGUCCUGAAAAUAGACUCCACUAAAAAAAUUGUCAGGAAGCUGGCAGGACACAGCCGUGGAACGGCAGCAUGGGCCACAAACAUGGGGAACGAGCACGGCCAGAUCAUCAUGUCUGUACUCACAGUGAGCGAAGGUCAUGGGUUAGGCAAGAUGGUUGAGGGAGUCAUUAAGCGCUACCACGAUGCAGGAGUGUCGCCUCCAGAAGUGCUGUAUGUCGACCGGGACUGCUGUGGGUCUUCUCAUCUCCACAAAAUGAUCAGGGCGUGGCAAAACACCAGCAUUUGCUUGGACAUUUGGCACUUCAUGAGGAGGAUUGCAGUGGGCUGCACCACCGACUCUCAUCCACUUUAUGCCGGCUUCAUGAACAAACUGAGCCACUGCAUUUUCAUGUGGGAUGACCGUGACCUGCAAGCUCUAAAGGAAGCCAAGCGAGCUGAACUGGAGGCCAAGUUGUUGCACCCCACAGAUGCUGAUCUGCUGCGAAACAUCAGCAGAGCUGAGAUGGAACGUCACUGCAAAAGGACAACCAGAAGCAGCUCAGAGAUGGAGACCUUGAUAUCGGAACUGAUUGAGGCCUACAGCGGGCACAAGGGAGGCAACUCAUUGGGAGUUCCGCUCAUCAAUUCAGAGAGAAUGGCAGAGAUAUGGAAGGCUCAGAAGAAGCACCUCAGCUGUCUCCAGGACCCACCAGGAGUACUCCUGUACAUGGAGACUGGCACCAUCAAGAAGGGGGGGCACAUUCUGAAAACCUAUCGAUGUGCAAGAGGCUCCACUUCCCUCGAGUCCUUCCACCUGCACAUGAACAGGUUUAUUCCUGGAACACUGGCAAGUGACACCUUUUUUCAGGCGUACCUGUUGGAUGGCCUGGCCAGGUGGAACGAAGACCGGAGCAUGUCAGCAGAAGGAAGAUCAGAGCCUCACUCCUACAGCGGCCUCCUGAGGCAUGCUGCAAACCAGCUGUCACAGGAAGUCCUCGGGAAGAGCUGUGUGAAUUACACAGGGCCACAGGCGUACACAGGGGAACUCAUUGGGGUCGAGUAUCUCUACGACCAAACAGGAGAUGUUCUUGAGGACCGCAGAGUGGCAAUUGCAGCUUUGGAGACAGAAGACGUAGCUGUGGCAGAAGAUGAGGGCUUUGAAGAGUCUGAGGUUUUUGUGGAUCUCACAGUUCCCAUCUUGGAAACCACGCUCCAGACUCCUCAACCUGCCUGUUCACAUGACUUCAUGACAUCACCUGCAUCUGAACCCUUCCUAGAGAUACCAGCUGUGGAAGUUAAACAUGCUCCUGUGGAUGACCUGGAAGAAACUGCAUCUCCAUCAAGGCUGCCUGAUUUCCACUCUGAUGACACUAUUCCAGGGACAUCAAGGAGACAGGACUCCGUUGGCCCCGACAACACCGAAGCUUUCACAGCUGUGCAGGAUUUGGCUGAAGCACUCUUCAGUCUGAGAGAGCACAGCCUGGCUCUCACCCUUGAAGAGUCCAAUAACAUUGUUGCUCUUUGGAAGAGAUUGUCAGAGCACGACAAGGAGCGCACCGUUUUUUCUCCACGCCACCAAACAACCCUGAACAAAGGCCGUUUUAGAGCAACAAAAAAAAUUGUUGCACCAGGCGUGGAGUCGACAAAGCGGUGCUAUUCUGGAGCACGCAUUCCUGGACAGUGGCCAGAUUGCAACCGGAUUGUUGAGGCCAUUUUUGUCCAGCUCUGCAUGGCUUACCCAAACCAAAAGAGAGUGGAAGGUGUGGCAUUUUCAAGGUGGACCCUCAUAAUUCGUGCUUACAAGCACAUUUAGAGAGUGCAUCCUGAACAACAUCACCAUCAUGGAGGAGACGACCAUACAGUUGCCAGAAGUCAACAAAACAACCCUCACACAGUGGUAUUGCAGACGCACCCGGACACAGGAGAAAGACAUUCUUGAACAGGGCAUUCUGGCACCAAAGCCAGCCAUUUCCGGUGAUACCAGUCAGCAGUCAGCACCACAGCACAAAGCCAUUCAACCUGCUCCAUCACACAAACCUUACACCUUCGUCCUUCAUCCCGACACGGCUGGAACGGCAAAACUGAAAAUCAAAAAGUCAGAUAGAGCACAGUGCCCACCUCAGCCUC